AUGGAUACUACCAAUAAUAAGAAGAAGAAAUGGAAAAAGAGAAAAAAGAAAAAGAAUGCAAGACCUAUUACCGAAUCUAGCUACCAAAUUCGAAAAGAUGGCCAGUUAAUAUCAAAAAUUCAUAAUUUAAUGAAAAUGAUGGAUAAAGUCAAGAGCGAUACCAGCAUCAGUAGCGCAGAGCAAAGAACGAAGUUGAGCGAUCUGAAGAAAACGCUUAUUGAGUGUGGCGGAUUUCAGGCCUAUCAGACUGCCUCAAAAUUAGGAGAAGAACACCACGGCCAACAAAAUACCUCUAAAUGGAUUCUAAAGCAAAUGAAUAAACUAACAAUACGUCCAUCUACAAAGGACGAACGUCUAAAGCUGCUCGAUGUUGGUGCUUUGCAAGAUAAUUAUGUUAAUCAAAAGUCUUGGAUAGACUGCACAGCCAUUGACAUAAAUCCCUGUGAUCAGUCUGUUCAGAAAGCUGAUUUCCUAACAUUUACGGAAAGUAAGAAAUUCGAGGUGAUUAUACUAAGCCUGGUUAUAAAUUUUAUUGGUAAUGCUGCAGAAAGAGGUAUCCAACAGAUUACUUUUAAGUGA